UCAUUUGUUGGGUGUCAUUGCUUUAAUUUCUCUGACCUGUUUGCUGUAGUAUCAGUUCCGUGACUUCACACAGAGAACUUUGUGAUCCAUACAAAGAAAGUUUAAGCUCAUCUCCUCCCAGCGAGCAUGGCCUCAGGUUGGACUGAAGAGGAAAGCUUUGCCUGUCCAGUAUGUCUGGAAACCCUGAAGGAUCCAGCCACUCUACCCUGCGGACACUCAUACUGCUUGGCUUGUAUUCAGAGCCACUGGGACAAGGGGGGCAGCAAAGGUCAGUAUAGCUGCCCCCAGUGUAGGCAGGUGUUUAACCCUCGGCCCUCGCUGGCCAAGAGCACCCUGCUAGCAGAGGCUAUGGAGAAGCUGAGGACCAACAGCCUGAAGCAGCACUCCUUCACAGCUCCUUCCCCCGGCCCACCAUCCAUGCCGGUCUAUUUGGAGGUCCAGCCAGAUACAAUGCAACGAAAGGGCAGCGUGUACCCACAGCUUCCCUCUGUGGAACCCAAACCCUGUCACCAACACGGCCGACCCCUGGACCUGUUUUGCCAUGACGACAGGGAGUGUGUGUGUGAGGUGUGUUGCCAGCAUGGACACAGUGGACACCGUGUUGUCAAACCGAGAGACGAGAGAAAAGAAAGACAGAAAGAGCUUGUUCAGAUGCAAGCAGAGGUACAGAGGAGGCUCCAGGAGACGGAUAGGAAGAUUAAGGAACUCCCACAUUUUGCACGUCAAGACAAGGCCUUGGUCCAGGCUCUAGAGAAGGAGAGCACAGAUUUAUUCAUGGAGCUAGCCAAGAACGUGAAUCUAACAGGCACCCAGGUCAGCGAGCUCCUCUCUACCCACGAGGCCUCUUUAGGCAGCCAGGCUGAGGGGCAGCUCAACAGACUGGAGCAGCAGGUUGCACAGCUCAACUGGAAGAGUGAAGAGCUGAGCAGACUGGCUGACAUGCAGGACGAUGUCUGUUUCUUGAAGAACUUCCUCCUCAUGGAGCCGCUGGUUCAGACUGAUGCCACAGUGAUUGGGCAGGAGGAAACCAUGGUGACGUCAGUCCGCUCAGUCAUGAAAGAACUGCAGGAGUCAGUUCAGGAUCUCUGCAAAGGCAGCCUGGAAAAAAUCAUCACAAUAGUGAAUAACCCCUUGGCUUUGACUACCAGUGGUCCGGAAGCAGCAGGCCCGCUACCAGCGGGACCAGUACCAACAGGCCCACUACCUGCAGACCCGCUACCAGCUCAGGUUCCUGCCCAAAGUACAGUGUAUGAAAUGAAAACAGACUCUCCACCCUUGCCACCUUUGCGACCUCAAUGGCCUCUGCCUUCAAGGUCUGGUGGUUCUGCUUACAUUCAAGCUUCAGCCCCACCUCCACCCUUGCCUGCUCCUCGACGUCAAGCUUCUGUAUCAUCAGUGGGAUUUAUGAAACCAGAACCAAAAACUCGAGAUGAACUCAUAAAAUUUCGUUUCGAACCCACUAUGGACCCCAACACAGUGUAUCGCCACGUUCUGCUGUCGGAUGGCAAUCGUAAGGCAACGAUGCGGGCUGAGAACCUGAACCCACCAGACCAUCCUGAUCGAUUCCAGUUCUGGAGACAGGUUCUCUGCAAAGAGCCGCUGGGAGGGAGCCCUUAUUACUGGGAGGUGGAGUGGACUGGCCAGAAGGUCACCAUCGGAGUUUCCUACAAAGAGAUAGAACGCAAGAGUAAUGAUGACAAGAGCCGUUUGGGCCACAAUGAGCUGUCUUGGAGUCUGUACUGGUCUGGGAGCGGAUUUUCCUUUUGGCACAAUAACCAGGAAAAACUGCUGGGUGCACCAAAGGCCAAACGGAUCGGCAUCUACCUGGACCAGCAUGCAGGGAUUCUGGCCUUUUACAGCAUCACCCAAAACCAGGCUACCCUCAUCCACAGACACCAGCAGCAGUUCACUGGCCCUCUGUUCCCAGGAUUCAGAUUCUGGGCAAGAGUAGGUGCUACAGUAACCAUUUGCCAAUUAGACUGAUGUGCACAAGAGUAAUUAUCUGAUGUUUUUGAUUAAAGAUGUUUAUCUGGCUGCAAGAAUGUAACAGCUUAAGGUUUUUAAAAAGGAUGUCAAGGAUGCCUUCUUGCUCUGGAGAGAACUAGUUCAGUCAGUUCUUGUUUACAUAAUGAUUUUGCACCAACCAUGAUUCGUGUAAUAUAAAUUAAUUUUAAUAUGUCUAUGUAAGUAAAUAAAAGAUUAAUAAACUUGC